UGUUCAUUAGACACACAAACAACAUGGCGGCACGAGCACAUGGUCCAAACAUAUUGAUAACAGGUACUCCUGGCACAGGAAAGUCUACACUUGCUGCUGAACUUUGUCAGAGAUCAACAUUGAACUAUGUCAAUAUUGGAGAAGUAGCCAAACAAGGGGACCUGUAUGAGGGCUGGGACCACAUCUAUGAAUGCCAGAUGAUAGAUGAAGACAGGGUGAUUGAUGAGUUAGAGGAGAAGAUGGGCCAAGGAGGGAACAUUGUCGACUAUCACAGCUGCGAGUUCUUCCCAGAGAGGUGGUUUGACAUAGUCUUUGUGCUAAGGACAGACAACUCUAUCCUCUAUGACAGAUUAGAAAGCAGGGGUUAUACAGGGAAGAAACUAGAGGACAAUGUGCAGUGUGAAAUAUUCCAAACUAUCUUAGAGGAAGCUAGAGACUCAUAUAAAGAAGAAAUUGUUCAUGAACUCUUCAGUAACACACCAGAAGAACUAGAAGAUAACUUAGAGAAAGUGUUAUCUUGGAUAGAACAUUGGAAGGCCACCCACUAGUAACAAAAUAUUCCUAGUGGUAAUUUGUUGUGUACAUUGUUUUUAGUGACAGUGCAGUUUGUGUAUCCCUUCCAUUUCGUGUACAGGAGAACCAAGUCGACCUUGCUUUAAAGUUGGCUUUCCAAAUUUUGUAGAGCUAAAAGCACUUUAAUCUCUGCAAUGAAUAUAUGUUCCAACUUUAUCAUGUUUAGUAAGUUUCCUAGUCUGUAGAUAUUUAAACGCUUGUUUACCUCGAUUCUAUAGAAUAAGUCCCUGUUGAGUUGGAGUUGGUGGAGUUGCUUUAGUGUUUGUCAGCUUGGUAAGAGAUUACUUUAGUGGGGCAAAAUGGACCCUGAGGAAUUUCUGUUUAAAUCUGUUAAUAUAUACAUGUUAAAAUGGACAUCUGAAGAUUUUCUAACUUGUUUUAUAGAGAUAUGUACUAUGAAAGAGAUACAUUUACUUGCUGAAGUCACUUGAGGCACCUUUCCUGUCAACUCAUUAUUUUCCAGUGAACUAAAUCAUUAGUUAUGUUUGUUUUCAUAACUUUCAAACAAAAGUUUCAUUACUAACUAUAGGUUCCACUGUAGUUCAAUUUAUAUGUUCAAAAACAUAUAUGUGAAUGUAAUGGUGAAGGGAUCAUCAAAUAUAUAACAUGAUGGAUAAGUGAGGUGCGACUCCUUUGUUAAGGCUACUUAACCAGUGUAGACAUUUGUUUUACUACUUGUUGUACUAGAUGUACUAAGGCCAGACAAAAAAUAUAUGUGUUUCCUGUUAACAUAAUUGAAGUUUGGGAAGGUAGGUAGGUAACCGAUUUUAUUAAAAAAAAAAGAUUUUAUUUGGUUCAUAUAGGAGACUGCCCCGAGAGUGAUCUUGACUUUAACAGUGCUUCUUUGAAAAUUGUCUUCAAAGUUCAGGGUAGGCACAACAAAUAAGGGUAGGUAGAGUUACCGGAAACACCUAAUAUUUUGUGUUUUGCCUAAUAAUUUUGUUCUACAGGGGAUAUAAUUUACAUAAUGGUAAUUGAACCAAAAGACUAAAAGUUGGUUCUGUGUAACUUAAAUUUCUGAAAAUAAAAUUUACUAUAAAUAUUGGUUAUGCAUGUUUUUAGAACAUGAUUCAUUUUGUGUCUUUGAGAUUUUAUUAAUUUUAUAAGAUACUACAUCUUUCCUUCAAAAAAUGAUUUGAAUUGAAAAAAAGAUUAUUUGUUAGAGGCAUGGGCUUUAUACAUUGUAAUAAAAUAUUUUACAUGACAUGCUUUAUUUAUACACUUUUGAUUAGAUUUCCAUGAAGUGUCAAUCAUAAUAGAACUAUGCAUUCUUCAUAAGAAUUGGAACUCUGAGUUUCAACUUGUACCUAAUACAAUUAAGGUACAUGUAUAUAACUGUGCAAUGGGAUAUCUUGUAUGAACGUUUCGUCAAUCUCUUAUCUAGUCCACAGUUUCAGUCAGUCUAGAAUGCCAUUUAAAUCUGCUGUUUGGUAUUUAGAGAGACAAAAUAAUACAUCAUGUAAAACACAAUUAUGAUGUACAUUCUUUUCACAUUAAAAAUAUUCUUGAAAAAAUAUACUGCCUUUGGAAAUUAUCAUUGAUGAUAAGAAAUUGUUUUCCUAUUGGUGUGAUUCCCAACUGCUGUAUGCACUACACAUUUUGACUGUUAACUAAGACAUCAAUACACCUGUAAAAUAAUAUCUCUUUUUAGCUCAUGCAUUACCUCCCUUAGGUUUUAAGUUGCAGCAAAAUUCUUAUAUUCUAUUAGGUGUUAAAUUAUAAAUGUGUAACAAAAUGGAAAUUAUAAAUUUGUAACAAAAUGGAAAUUUUAGAGGAAUUGUUCAUGUAUUGGAAGAUUACGUUAUUAUGUGAUUAAAAAAUUGAGCUUGGUUAAUUUAGCCACCAGUAAUCUGGUUGUCACACUACUCAGCGAGUGUUUUGGAGGACAGAAUAAUCUUUUUCCAUUAAAAUAUAUCUCAGGAAUGUAGCACUUUCACAAUCAUAUAAGUUUAAUUGUGAAAAAUCUGAUGGUAUAUAAGUAUAUGACACAUUCUUCUGAUAUUUUGAAUCUGAUCUAAUCAAAAUUGCAUACCUGUAUACCAUAACAUUUUAUACUCAAAUAACAAAAUGUUAAAUAGGAAAGAAUACCAUUGGUCAUUGCAACUGUUUCACUGAGAAAGAGUUCUUUGCCAUCUGUUUUACCGUUAUGCUCUUACGUUAUUAGCUAUAUAUAUAUAUAUAUUUAUUAGUGUGCAUGUUAUGAGGUACCUGGCAGGUGCAGAUUGUUAUUGAAUCCAUAGUUUUACCUUUUGAUAAAGAAUAAGGACAGUC